CUAGAAAGAGUUGCCUGAGAAGAGAGAUAUUGGAAGGAAAAAAUGGGUGAGGUUGAUGAAGUAAGCUCCGCCCCCAUCACACCUCGACCGCCGUCCAUAGCUCCGACACCGCCUAUUAUAUCAGCUCCUCCCUCACAAUACCACUCCCCGUCUCUCUCCAGAUCGCCGCUCCUCUACACCGGUGACCACCCAGAAAAAGCUGCACAAAAAACCCCUAACAAGUCUCGAACACCACGGUUCAUCACUCCUUUGGGAAGUCCUUUAAGGAAGGCUCUCCACCUCACCAAGCUCGACCCACAAGACGCUUGGCUCCCAAUCACCGAGUCAAGAAAUGGAAACGCCUACUAUGCAGCCUUUCAUACUCUUUGUUCUGGAAUUGGAAUUCAAGCCCUUAUUCUCCCUGUUGCCUUCACCAUUCUGGGCUGGGCAUGGGGAAUCAUAUGCUUAACAUUAGCAUUUAUAUGGCAACUUUACACCUUAUACUUGCUGGUGCAACUCCAUGAAUCAACCGAAACCGGAAUUCGCUACAGCAGAUACAUGCAACUAGCAACUGCAACUUUCGGUGAGAAGAUGGCAAAGUUUGUGGCCCUAUUCCCUAUUGCAUAUCUAUCAGGGGGCACAUGUGUGGCUCUGAUCAUCAUCGGAGGGUCAACAAUGAAGAUGUUCUUCCAGACUGUGUGUGACGCUUGUAAACCCGAUCAACUAACCACUGUAGAGUGGUACUUGGUGUUUACCUGUGCUGCAGUGCUUCUGUCUCAGCUACCCAACUUGAACUCCAUUGCCGGAGUGUCGCUGAUCGGCGCCAUCACAGCUAUCGGCUAUUGCACAAUAAUAUGGGUUGUUUCAGUAUCUCAUGGAAGACUGCCCAACGUAUCAUACAAUCCAGUGAGAGCCACAACCGACAUCGGCCGGAUUUUCGACCCCUUGAAUGCACUUGGGAUCAUUGCUUUUGCUUUCAGAGGCCACAAUCUUAUCCUCGAAAUUCAGGCGACAAUGCCUUCAAGUGAGAAACAUCCAUCACGCGUGACAAUGUGGAAGGGAGUUAGAUUUGCUUAUCUACUUAUAGCAAUGUGCUUAUUUCCCCUUGCAAUUGGUGGUUAUUGGGCUUAUGGCCAUUUGAUACCAGCAAACGGUGGCAUGCUAACAGCCUUGUACGCAUUUCAUGGAAAAGACACAGCAAGGUCCAUUCUGGGGCUGACAAGCUUAUUUGUCAUACUAAAUGCAGUGAGCUCCUUCCAAAUCUAUGGCAUGCCAAUGUUUGACGAUAUGGAGUCAAACUACACAAGAAGGUUUAAGAAACCAUGCCCAUGGUGGCUUCGGGUAAUUAUUCGGGCUAUGUUCGGAUACGGGUGUUUCUUCGUUGCCGUGGCAAUUCCCUUCCUGUCUAGUGUGGCUGGUUUAAUUGGAGGAAUUGCAUUACCUGUGACUUUGGCUUAUCCAUGUUUUAUGUGGCUUAAGAUUAAGAAACCAAAGACAUAUAGUCCAAUAUGGUGUCUCAACUGGGGACUAGGUGUUUUGGGAAUGAGUCUCAGUAGCAUUUUGGUUGCAGCUGGAGUUUAUGUUGUGAUUGACACUGGUAUUCACGUUAGUUUCUUUAAGCCUAGCUAAGUAAAUAUUAUAUACUAUAGAAAUUGCAAACGGAUUGAGCUUUGUCAGUUACAAAGUAAUCCUUAGUAGUAUAUUUGUGAUAUUGAUUCUUGUUAGAAACAAA